GGGGGAACAUGCAAAUUCCAUUAUUUUUUUUUUUUUUUGUAAUUUAGAAUUAUUCCUAUCAGGCAGUUUGUUUGAGGGCGUCAACCAGCAGAGGAACUGACCCGAUCUUUACAUAAUUUGCAUUUUCCAUUUUUUCCUGCACCAGUAACUCAACUGUCCCUGCAUCUGCAUUCAUUUUCUCCACAUCAGUAUUUAAACCACUGAGUGUGUUUGACAUGUUGUCAUUGUGAGGGGUGUGCUUGUGGAGAACACAGGGGCUCUCGAGAGGACGGCACUUUCAGAAAGUGAGGUUUGAUGGUUUUGUGUUCUCUAACUUGAUAGUGGAGUCUAUAACAUCAACGAGAAGAAUGGACAAACUAGAUAAAACUCUGAUCGGUUCACUGCUUUUGGCAGCUCUUUUCAGCAGUGCUGUUAGCGACGACUGGAAGGCAUCUGUCACAAAGAAUCUGGAUGCCUUGGUCACCUCCUGCGUUGUGGUACCCUGUUCUUUUAGCCAUCCUGGAAAUCCCCUACCAUCCUCCAAACUCCGAGGCAUCUGGCAUAUUUCCAAUCGUAGAGACAAAGUUAUCUACAGUGAGGAUAAAUCAAAGAUCUUGGAUGCAUAUAAAGAUCGAACAACGAUCCUCGGGCAACUUGGUCAGAACGAUUGCACCUUAGAAAUAACCGAUGUGAAAGAUCACGACAAUGGGCCUUUUUGUUUCCGGAUCGAGAUAGUGGGGGCCGAGAGCCAAAAGUUUUCCUUUGUCGAAGACUGUGUUGACCUCAAAAUGCAACAUUCUCCACCAGAAAUCAAACUGACCCAGUCAAGGGCAGCAUUUGAAGGAAAAGCUUUCACAGCCACCUGCUCAGUGCGCCACACCUGCCCCUCAUUCAGACCCAAACUGUCUUGGAGUCGAGGAAAUGCAGAUCAGAUUUUUGAGAAACAUGAAGAGAUCUCCCCAGGAAUCUGGGUCAUGGAGUCUGUUCUGACUUUUGUUCCUGAGGAGAAAGAUGAUCACAGUCAGCUGAUCUGCACAGCUGUAUUUCACGGAAGACAAACAACUACAAAAACCCUACAUCUUUACUUAAAGCGUGCAGCAAACUACAAGAACAUCAUCAUUCCAAUUGUUGUGUUGGUUGUAACUGCUGGAGUCAUUGGAUUAGUCUCCGGUUUAAUUAUCAAAAAAUACAAAAAGCGUAUUAUGGAGCUCCAGAGUCAGGAGGGGAGUGUUUGGAAUCGGAUGUCCAGAUUCUCCCGAAGGUUUCGAUCAAAUGCUCCACCACCAUCUCAAACCAAUAGAAGGAUGUACAGAGGGGACUUUGCUGAAGAGAAACCUUGAGUUUCAUCCCUCAAAAAGCAACAACUACAAAGAGGACGAUGACAAUGAUGACAAUCAAAACACAAUGGACCUCAACAUUUGUGGAAACGUGUGAGGAGCAACUUUGCAGAAGCAACUUCAAAAUGAACACAAUGAACUGAUCAAGUUAUGAUUAAUAUUGAAGCUGAAAACCGCCUGCCUUACUUUUUUUUUUUAAUUUUAAUUGUUCUCUCUUUAUAACGAGAUAAUUCAGAAUGGAGAUUGAAGCGUCCCCAUCUUCCUUUCAGAGACACCGAGACUUUACCGGUUUGAAAACACUCCACAAAUUUUGUUUUUAGUCUAUUUCUUAUUCAUUAGUGGAUCUAUGCGCUUUAAACAUCUUAAUUCAGUCUCAUGCACCAGCCUCUCCCUUAAUUUCCCCAAAAACCCUGAAGAAACAUUGACAGAUUGACUGAAUUCAGGGCAUCUGAGCGUGUCUGCAUGGUGAGUUCACAGACAUCCGGACAUCAGCAGCAAAACAAAGCAGUUUAUCAGAGAAAACAUCGAACAUCGGCAAUUAUCCAUAUAUAAUUGAUUGAUUAAAUAGUUUCAACAUUUUUCUGAAAAAAUACUUUGUUUUCCUGAAGAUUGUAUAAAAUGACCAAAGCAGAGUAACGGAUUUAGUUGGGCUGAGUGGCUGUUUUGUUCUGCUAAUGUCCGGAGUUCAUUGAACACAUCAUGCACAGAGUCUCGCUGUGAUCUGUCAAUCAACCUGUUCGGAGGUUUGGGGUAAAUAAAGGGAGGAGUGCUGGUGCAUGACGGAUUGAAGGCGUUUGAGGAACGUAGACCCACUAAUAAAAUAAUUAAAGAAAAUAGACAAAAAAA